UUCUGCCUUUCAACUUUGACCGACUAGCAGAGCCUUCCCUAUCGGGAAGUACUAGAUCAGGCAGAUUAGGUCGACAGUCCAGUCUGACAGCAGUUUGCACAAAGUUAGCUCUGUUUGAACGCAAAUUCAAAAACAAAACAUUCCAUCACUCAAAAGAAAAAAAAAGUGUUGCCUCCAGUUUCAAGCGUUUUUCCAAGUUAUCUCUUGAAAUUAAUUUGAAUUUUGUGGAUAAAACACCACCAGGUAUGACGAUUAGUGCUCUGCGGCAUUUUCCCGACGUAUGUCGGCUCUGCUUGCAUCAUAAACCGGCUCCAGAAAUGAUUCCUCUGGCCAGCAAUGUGCCGGAGUUGGACGCUCAGCUGUCGAAUCUGAUGGAAGAAUUCUGUGCCACCGUUCCUGAGCAGGAAUCGACAGCGUUGCUACCGACUGCCGUAUGCGACCAUUGCCAGCAACAGCUUCUAACGGCUUCUAAAUUCAAACGAAGGGUUACAUUUCUUCAAGAGUUUCAAAUGGCUCUGGCAGCGAUGCGCCAUAGAAAUGAGUCGGAGCCGCUACGACAGAAGUUUCUCAACGACUACGAGUACAUGAGCUCACUGUUCCGGGAACUGAAUCUCCUGGAACAUGAACAGGCGCUUCGCUGGGAAGAUUUGCUUCUGAGUCAGCCAGAGGAGGCAACAGCAGUAGAAGAAAAUGUUAGUGUAAUUGUUGACGACGGGUCGGGUGAGAAAUAUCCUCAAAUUUUACACGUAGAGAUAGUAGAUGAUGCUGGCAGCGAUGGUGGGUACACUUAUCAUUCGGAGGGCAGCAUGGACCAAGGUGGGGACGCCGAGAUAGAAUACAUAGAUGUUGAGCCAGUGGUAGAUGCGGGUGAUGCGAUGAUGAUUGUGGAGCAAACGGAGGGCAACAUUGAGGAGCAACCAUCUGUGGUGGCAGAAAAGGCGCCCUCCGAAGAUUCGCUCGAAUAUUUACCCGUAGAUGUGGAUUCUGUGCCCCUCGAGUGGGAAUGCGACAUCACUGGAUGCGAUCAACGAUUCGACGACAAUGAGCAGUUUAUACAACAUAAGAAAGAUGUUCAUCAGUGCUGCAUUUGCACCAUUUGCGGAAUAGUGCUGAAAAAUAAGUAUUCGCUGGAGGUUCAUACACGGAGACACACAGGCAAAACCAAUUUCACAUGCAGGUACUGCCCUUCGACGUUCUACACGUCGCAAGAGUACAAAUUGCACCUGGGGUUGGUUCAUGUGGCAACUGAUACCGUUAAUUGCGACGUAUGCGGAUUGGAGUUUAAAAAUUCCACCUGCUUGAAGCGACAUCUCAAGUCACAUUCGGAAGAACGAAGCUAUCAGUGCCCUUUCUGCGAAAAGGCCUUCAAAACCAAUAUGCAUCUGCAUCGACACAAGGAAACGAUCCACAUGAAAUUACGGUUCAAAUGUAACCACUGCGAUGUGUCGUAUGGGCGCAAGGAUAAGCUGCGAAUGCAUAUUGAACGAGCUCACAAUAUCCAAAUGUAUUUCCUGUGCGACAUCUGUCUGAAAUCGUAUUCCACCGAGGAGGAGCGUCAGGAGCACAUGAGUCAUCACGACAAUCCUCAACCGUUGGAAUGUGGCACCUGUUUGGUGGCGUUCAUAACCCCGGAGGAAUUCCACAAUCAUCUUUGCAUUUCGUACCGAGAGAACUACGUGUGCUGCAGUCGCGAUUUCAAAUUUCACACUUUCUACAACAAACACAUGUUCCUGGUGCACGGGGAGAAAACCAAUGCCCGGGUGAAGCCAACAAGCAACCAGUUGAUAGCUAACAUACGUGCCGAGCGGAAACAAGAGGAACGUUGUGGUAAGUGCGAAAAAAUAUUUAGAACCAGGAAGCAAAAGAAUGCCCACAAGCUGGAAUGCCGUGGAAAGCAACAGAAUGAUACUGUUGUGGAACGCAGUGGUCCGAGUCCUCCGGAUGAAUAAAUGUAUAGAAGAAGGACACAGCCAUAUGUAACAAUGAUUAAAUGUUUCCUCUGAAGUUAGUAAUAUUAAUAAAAGCCAUCAAUAUCGCUAGUAGUCGGUCAAA